CCUCUCUUGUCGGAGCCACCUACCAAAUCGCAGCUAGCUUAAUAUCUAUUCAGGAAGCAGCGGGUCUGAUUAGCUUAGCUAGCCUACAUUAAAAUCUUUACAGUGCAAAAAAAAUGGCGUCGGUCAACCCGUUUAAUCUCAGUGACUCUGAGGAAGAGGCUGAACGGCGCCCUAAUGAAACAGUUGACACAGAGAGAAGCCCGAGUGACGGGGCGCCAGGGCCGCCGCCGGGCAAUCCUUUCUCUCCGCCUGCGGACGCCGAGCCUCCGACGCUCCUGCUGUCUAGCAACCGGACGAGCCCCAGCGGUGAGGGCAUCUCGGUCUCGGUCGCGGCCACCUCCGCUAUGGCAGGCAGCGCCGAGACACGGGUGUCUGUGGAUGUUAUUGCUGCUCAGCUUUUACGGGACCAGUACAUCCUCACGGCCCUGGAGUUUUACACCGAACUGUUGGAAGCAGGCAGAGAGCUCCCGAGACUGAGGGAUUAUUUCUCCAACCCUGGCAACUUCGAGCGACAGAGCGGCACUCCGCCUGCCAAAGACCAGGUAUUUGGACCUGGAGGACCACUGAAUCGAGCAGGCAGCAUCAGCACCUUGGACUCUCUGGACUUUGCCCGUUACUCAGAUGACGGCAACCGAGAGUCGGACGAGCGGGUGGCAGUGCUGGAGUUUGAGCUACGGAAAGCAAAGGAGACCAUUCAGGCUCUGCGCGCCAACUUGACUCAGGCAGCAGAGAGUGAAGUGCCCUCUCAGGAGAGAAAAAACUUCAAGUCAAGUCCUGAAAUUCAGGAGCCUAUACGCCCACUGGAGAAAAGAGCCUUAAACUUCCUUGUGAAUGAAUAUUUAUUGAAAAAUGAAUACAAACUCUCAUCCAUAACCUUCUCUGAUGAAAAUGAUGAUCAGGACUUUGAGUUGUGGGAUGAUGUCGGCCUCAACAUCCCAAAACCUCCUGACCUGUUACAGCUCUACAGGAACUGUGGCACCCCGCUCCCUUCUCCUCGGGACACAGUUGAUGUGUCAGUAGGCGUGGACUUUGGUGAUCUUCCAGGAAACUGCAUCGCCCAAGACCCCCCAAAGAAGCCUGACCUCUCACAACAGCAACAGACAGAAGUCGUCCAGGAGUUGGAGUACCAGAUAAGCCUACUCAACAAUGAGAAGCAGAGCUUAGCUGAGCAGAUCAAGAAACUGCAGAGUGAGAUUCAGACACUGAAGAGGACUGUCUCCUCCCCACCUCCGGCCACUCUGGACCUGGGCUCCCAGAAUACAACCAAUCCCUCUUCCUCCACCACCACCAACACUUCUUCCACAGCUCUUCUCCCUGUGUCUUGCCCACAGCCUCCUACAGAUAAUGGCCAGUAUCUGGACAUCCGGGGAGUUUCAGAGCCCGAAACUGUCCUGAACUCCGCCUCCACUCAGAACACAUCACAUCCCCACCCACAGUCCCACAGCAAGCUAAAGAGUCGGCCUCCCGUCCAAUUUGAUCAACCUAACAGGAAGUUAUCCCCAGCUUUUCUGCAAGCCCUGCUGUCCUUCUGCAGAAUGUGCUCCGACAGCCGCCUAGGAGCAGAGGUGUCCCGUAUAGCAGACAGUGAGGAGAGUGUGAUGUUGAUGUUGGGCCGCUGUCUCCCUCACAUUGUCCCCAAUGUCCUACUUGCUAAACGAGAGAGAAUGGUUGCACAUCUUUGCCAGGAGUUGAUCCCACUCAUCUUGUGUACUGCCUGCCUUCACCCAGAGCCUAAAGAGAGAGACCAGCUCCUCCACAUCCUCUUUAACCUAAUCAAGAGACCAGAUGAUGAGCAGAGACAAAUGAUCUUGACGGGGUGUGUUGCGUUCGCGAGGCACGUGGGCCCCACACGUGUCGAGGCUGAACUACUUCCUCAGUGUUGGGAACAGAUUAACCACAAAUAUCCAGAAAGGAGAUUGUUGGUGGCAGAGUCCUGUGGAGCCUUAGCACCAUACCUGCCUAAGGAGAUCCGUAGCUCCUUGGUGUUGUCCAUGUUGCAGCAGAUGCUUACUGAAGAUAAGGCUGACAUGGUCAGGGAGGCUGUGGUCAAGAGUCUGGGUAUUAUCAUGGGUUACAUAGAUGACCCUGACAAGUACUCCCAGGGUUUUGAGCUGAUGCUGCUGUCACUUGGAGACCCAUCUGAGCGGGUGGUCAGUGCAGUCCACCAGGUCUUUAUUCCCGCCUUUGCUGCCUGGACGACAGAGCUGGGCACCCUGCACACUGCACUCAUCCCUUCUCUGUUGGCACGUAUAGAGAAACUACUUAUGCAAGGAGAACAUGGUCUGGAUGAACACAAGCUACACGUGUUCCUGUCGGCACUGCAGUCUCUGAUCCCUCCCCUGUUUGCUGUGGUGCUACAGAAUGCACCCUUCACCAGCAGAGUCAAACUCCACGGAGACAUACCUGCAAUAGAGGUUACCCGGUUCCCCAGGCCAGCCUCUCCCCUCCAAGAUGUGGCAACCAUCAUCGGCAGCAGGGAGAUGCUGAGUGCCCUUUUGCUGCUCUAUGACCACCAGCUAGAGCAUGAAGGAACCACUGGCUGGGACAGCUUGUUAUGGGUGGUUAACCAACUCCUUCCUCAACUCAUAGAGAUCGUGGGUCGCAUCAAUGUGACGUCAUCAACCUGCGUACAUGAGUUCUCUCGCUUCUUCUGGAGGUUCUGUCGCACCUUCGGCAAGAUUUUUACCAACACUAAGGUUAAGCCACAGUUCCAAGAGAUCCUCCGACUAUCUGAAGAGAAUGUUGAUGUUUCAGCAGGGAAUGAUAUUCUCACCAAAGCCACCGUCCCCAUCUAUGCCACUGGAGUGCUGACUUGUUAUAACCAGGUUCACAAAAUGAUGCAGCACUUGCAAAACACUGGACUGGAGGAGGAUCGCAAGUUGUUGGUGGGUUUCCUGGAGGAUGUUAUGACAACCCUGUCUUUGUCCCAUGCACCUCUUGACAGCCUGAAGGCCUCCUUUGUAGAGCUGGGUGCCAACCCAGUCUACCAUGAACUGUUGCUAACUGUUCUGUGGUAUGGGGUAGUCCAUACCUCUGCACUGGUCCGGUGUACUGCAGCACGGAUGUUUGAGUUGGUUCUCCGAGGCAUGAGUGAAGCAUUAGUAGAUCGCCGUGCGGCUCCGGCCCUUAUUACUCUGUGCAGUGGGCCUGAAUUCUCAGUGAGGAUAUCCACUAUCCCUGCCUUUGGUACCAUCAUGGAGACUGUCACACAAAAAGAGCUCCUGGAGCGUGUAAAAAUGCAGCUGGCAUCAUUCCUGGAAGACCCUCAGUAUCAAGAUCAGCACUCGUUGCACAUGGAGAUCAUCAGGACGUUUGGAAGGGUCGGACCCAAUGCGGAGCCACGCUUUAGAGAUGAGUUUGUGUUGCCACACCUUCACAAGCUGGCACUGGCUAACAACAGUCAGACAGUGGAAAGCAAGAGGAUUGACAUUGCCACCCAGCUGUUUGAGGCCUACAGUGCCCUCUCCUGCUGCUUUAUUUCUGAGGAAGUGAUGGUUAACCACUUCCUGCCUGGCCUCAGGUGUCUCCGCGCUGACAUGGAGCAACUCUCCCCUGAGCACGAGGUUAUUCUGAGUUCUAUGAUCAAAGAGUGCGAAAUCAAGGUGGAAAACAGAGGAAUGGCUGAUGCACAAGGCUCCAUGUCCAUCGCCUCCAGUUUGGUGGGUGAGGAUGCCAAGACCAAGUUCCUGAGUAAGAUGGGCCAGCUAACCACCUCCGGCGCCAUGUUGGCCAACGUCUUCCAGAGAAAGAAGUGAUUACAAAACUGACUGAUGCAACUAACUGACGGGUCGCCCUGCUGUCUUUGGGAGCAUUUCAUUUUACUGUAAAAAAAAACAUUGGUUCAGCCUAAAGUAGAAGAAAAUCAAGUGUAUUAUCAAUUUCAAGAAGUGAAGAUUUGCUGAAAGUUGUUGAUAUCAAAUCUCCAGUGCAGCGGGACUCCAUGCACUUUAAAGGUGAACAGCAAUGUUUUUUUUUUCAGUGAAAGCUGAGGUUUUCCCCUCUGCUCGUUUUUCUUCUCCUUAAUCAUGACGGAAGCGUUACCGACGACUAGGGAUUUCCUUUUAUGAAUCAGUGUUGUUAACAUUGUCAUUUCAGAGAGAGGAGAGAAAUUGAACAAUACUUAUUCACCCAAAAUGAUAACAAGGGACUCCCGGACAUUUCUGGACUCGAAAGUAUCACAGAAUUUGAUUUCAUUUCAGUGCAGUACUUCUUGUAUCAGAAGAGCUUGACACCUCUCUAUGAAACAAAACUGAGCACGGCCUGCUGGAUUUUAUUUAGAUUUUUUUAAAUGCCAUUUUGGAGGAAAGAGUUGUGAGAUGGACAGAUGCAUUAAGUUGCAUUUGUUCUUGAAUAAUUGUCCCGAAAGACAAGAAAAUGGCUCUGAGUCUGUUAAGAAUGCCUUGUACAGUCUGUACAGGCUCGGAAGUAUCGCCUACUUGAAGUUAUGAAAAAGAAUUGUCUUGCCUUUAUUUCUUCAGAGUCUGUCUCUGGUUUUUGUUUUGAUAGCUUCUAUUUUAUAACUUAUUUAUGUCUUAAUGAAGGAAAAAAACACACCUUAUUCCAACUUCCAAAGAAAUUUGCACUUCACUUUACUAUUCUGUUCUUUAUUAUAUAUAUCUAUAUAUAUAUAUAUAUUUUUUUUGAUUCAGAGUCUUAUACGUAAUGAACAUUAUCACUACUGUUAAUGGAUUUCUUUUUUGUUUAUCCGUUUUGAAAAUGUGUAGUUGAAGAGAACACUGGUCAUAAUUAUUCCCUCUCUGUCCGUUGCAUCUCUGUGUUGCAGUGUCUCUGAUAAUUGUACUUUUUUUUUCUAAAGUGGGUAUUUGGUUCUAUUUUUUGUUGUUCUUUUUCAAUAUGCUCUAAGAGAACCAGUAAAUAACUGUAUCAUACACUGAACUGAAGAGAAUGGUACUCAUUGUGAAUAUUGGAAAUUGGUGUCAUGGUAUAAUAAAAGAUGGAGAUCACUUGUGUACUUA